CAAGAUCAGUGACCCACACCCACACAUCCCGACAGUGUCCUCGUGAGGACGCUGUCAGGUGUGGCGUCGACGUUAACAGUGACAGUGACAGUGACAAAGAAGACCGAGCCGAACACGAUGAUCAGCAGGCAGGAAGUGGACGAGUAAGCAAAGCGACGUACCACACGUGCAUACCCAUCAUUAGAUGCGACGACUACGCUACUCAACCACGGUAAGGGCGACGACGACGACAGUGAGGAUGAAACAUCGGAUACGGAAGGACAAUGCAGGUCAAGGAGCACAAUGGGAGAGAGCGACGAGUGCGGGCUUUAUAGCGUGCGGCGAGUGUGUCAUUGUUUGUGUGUUGUUGAAUAUCAGCCUCACCGCGACGCGUCGGUCAGCCACGAGUGGUGUCGGCGGAGGGCGGACGGUCGUUGGGUAUGGCAUGUUCAACAUCGCCCCGAUCGUCGACAUCGGGUGAGAUCCCGAUCAGGACUGCUGCAUGCGCUGAACAGCGCUCGACGAACCGCGCUGGGUCUGCGGAUAUUUGCACAGAAUGCCAGUUGUCGGUGUCGAUGAAGGCUAUUGUGCCGUCGUCGGGGACCUGUCGUUGUCCGCGAUCGGCGAGUGCCACGUGAUCGCGUUUGCGUAGAC